UCAAGCUUUCCCGGUGAUGGGCGUAUGAACAUUUAAGUUGAAUCUUUUAUAAUCAAUUUAAUAUUUCAAACACGUCAAAAUAGCAUUUAAGUAUCAGUGUUCGUAACUAGUGUCAUAUAGUUUUUACGUAUUUAAUAUUUCCUCGCCUUCAAUACUUUUUAAGUAGUUUAUUCCAUAUUAGGCUUAUAGAUUUUUAUGUGAGUGAGUAAGUGAAAAAACCUGUAGUAUAACAAACAAUGGCCUGGAGAUUCAAAGCCAGCAAGUAUAAGAAUGCAGCCCCAAUUGUCCCCAAACCGGAGAACUACGUCAGGGACAUCAGUGUGGGGUCAUACCAGACUUAUGGAAACAACAUUGCUGCUUCUGCCAAGUUUAUGGCAUUCAACUGGGAUCAUGCCGGGUCCAGUUUGGCUGUGCUUCCUCUAGAUGACUACGGCAGAAAGGGUAAAUUGAUGCCCCUUUUACAUGCUCAUUCUGACACUGUGACUGAUAUUUCUUUCUCCCCAUUCCAUGAUGGACUGUUGGCCACUGGCUCACAAGACUGUUUGGUGAAGAUUUGGCACAUUCCCAAGGAAGGACUGCAAGAAUCUCUUAGCAAUCCCGAAUCCACUUUUUCCCACAAGCAACGUAGAGUUGAAAUCGUCGGUUUCCACCCCACUGCAGAUUUUUUGUUGCAUUCCACAUCUUUCACCACACUCACUCUGUGGGACUUAAUGACUGAACAAGAGAUAUUUUCCAACUCAGACCCAUCAGAAGUGAUCCAGUCGGUGAGCUGGAAAAGGGAUGGUACUUUGCUGGCUACAUCGGCAAAAGAUAAACAAGUUAGGAUUUUGGAUCCUAGAGCAGAAAACUGCUGCGUGCAGUCGGCAAAUUCUCAUCCAGGGAUCAAAGACUCCAAGGUCGUAUGGCUGGGUGACCAAAACAAAAUUCUCACCACAGGAUUCGACGCUCAAAGACUACGCCAAGUGAUUAUCAGGGACCUACGAAAUAUUGUAGAACCAGAAAAGACUUUAGAGUUAGAUUGUUCGACUGGAAUACUCAUUCCUCUUUACGACGCCGACACGGGAAUGCUGUUUUUGGCAGGAAAAGGUGAUACCACCAUCCUGUACAUGGAAGUAACUGACAAGGAUCCUCACCUUAUCGAAGGUAUCAGACAUUCCGGAGAACAGACCAAAGGCGUGUGUUUAGUGCCAAAACGUGCUUUAAAUAUAAUGCAAGGUGAAGUAAACCGAAUUUUACAAUUGACCAGCUCUUCAGUGGUUCCUGUAACGUACCAAGUGCCCAGAAAAACUUACAGGGAUUUCCAUGCUGACAUAUAUCCAGACACUCCAGGUUAUAAGACUGAUUUGGUAUCCUCAGACUGGUUUCAAGGUACCAACAUUCCACUACAGAAAAUGUCACUAGAUCCAGCUAAGAGAGAACACGGCGAAGAACCCAUAGUGAUUCAUCGAGGAACUUUGCAAGAAAUGCGAGAAGAGUACAAUAACAGAAAAAUAACUGCAAAACCCGAACCCAAGGCUAAGCCUGCUCUUGCGCAGAAAAUCGAACACCAUCCAGUAAAAGGAAUUAUCAAAGAUUUCGAAAAGGACAACAAGCAAAUGGAAGCUUCGAACAAGCAAAUCGAAGCUUCGAACAAGCUAAUCGAAGCUUCGAACAAGCUAAUCGAAGAAGAAAAAAAUAACAUUAAUAUGAAAAGUACAGAAGACGAUGGGGAUAAGAUUCCCUCUAUAAUCCCCCCCAAGCCUUUACCAAGGACAUCCAGAACGAGCUCAAUGUGCGAUUCCCAACCCGCCGAAGACGCAAACAGUGCCCCCAAACCCGUUGCUAGACCCCGAACUAACAGUUGUGUCCCUGUCGUUACGUCUGUCAGUCCUGUUGCGCCUGUUUCAGGAGGAUAUAAGCCACGUCUUGGACCCAAACCGUUCACUCCUCCCAACCUAGCCGACACAGAGAACACCUUCUCGAAGGUAUUCUCCGUGCCGGCCGUACCAGGCCAGACUACCACAUCGUUUAGUCAAGAAAAAGACAAAUCACCCACAGUGGAGGAAAUACCGGAAAAAACCGAAGCGGUCAACGGAAAAUCGGAGGAAAAUCACACCAAGUCAGAUGUUGGCAACGGAAAGUCUGCUUCUAGCGGGGAGGAGGAAGCUAGUAGCGAUUCCGGGUAUGUUCCGAGGACUCCGAGCACCGCUGAACGUCGGAAACUGUUCGAAACUAAGCCCAAUUCCAAGGAAAACGAUACUGAGGAGCUGGACUCCGUGGAUUUCGAAAGAGGAUCUUUGCAAAGGGCUAGCAUAGCAGAAAGGAGGAAAAUGUAUGAAAGCAGGUCUAUAUCUGUACAAGAACAAGGUUUGGAGAAAAAAGAAAACUCGCCAGUGAUGAUGCGCCGGAAAGAUUCGUUCAAGAAUCGCAAAAACGCCGAGGAUCUACUUAAAGACGAUAACAACAGAAAGAGUAUGCCUAUUGCAAAACAGCAGUCUCUGGAUCCCGUCGGGGUUAGGAAAUCGGAAGUAUCGAUGCCUACACCUAAGAGGACAUCAACAGUUUUUGGUCGUGUAUCCAAGUUCAGGCAUUUAAAAGGAACUCCUCUACACAAGUCUUUCCACAUAGAAAAUAUUAGAAAUCUCAGUAGGCAGAUUCCAGGUGAAUGUGAUGGAUUCCAAGCAAAUCCCGAAAGAGUGGCAGUACCUCUGAGCGGACCCGGCGGAAAAAUCGCAAUAUUCGAACUGAGCAAAACGGGUAAACUGCCGGACGGCGUAAUCCCCGCCUUGGUACACGGCAAUAGCGUCAUGGACUUCACAUGGGAUCCGUUCGAUACGAAACGACUGGCAGUGGCGUGCGAUGACGGGGUCGUAAAGUUAUGGAGGAUACCGGAUAACGGUCUCACGGAGCAAACCAACGAGGCGGAGGCAGAAUUUUGCGCUCACUCCGAUAAGAUUUACUUCAUUAAGUUUCAUCCCACUGCAAAGGACGUUUUGGCUUCAGGUUCGUACGAUAUGACAAUAAAACUAUGGGAUCUAAGCACGUUGAUGGAAAAAAUCGUCCUCAAAGGCCACACCGAUCAGAUUUUCAGCUUCGCUUGGUCUCCUUGCGGCUCAUUUUGCGCGACAGUGAGCAAAGACAGCAAAAUCCGCAUAUAUAAGCCUCGUAGCAACGAUAGUCCCAUUAGAGAAGGUAAAGGUCCUGAAGGAAAUCGCGGAGCGAGAAUCACGUGGGCUCUGGAUGGUCAUUUCAUCGUCGCAACUGGUUUUGAUAAGGUUUCCGAAAGACAGAUUACUGCCUACAAGGCAAAUGAUUUGUCUAAUCCUUUGAAUACAGUUGGUUUGGAUGUAUCCCCUGCUAUCCUGAUUCCUUUCUAUGAUGAUGACAGUUCAACGUUAUUUGUCACUGGAAAGGGUGAUUCAACAAUCUACGCCUUCGAAAUAACAGAAGAACACCCUUUCAUAUGUCCCCUGAGCCACCACAGGUGUCCCACCCUACACCAAGGUCUGUCUUUCCUCUCUAAAAACGUCUGUGAUGUAUCGAAUGUUGAGUUCGCCAAAGCUUUGAGGCUCACCAACAACUCGAUUGAGCCUCUAUCUUUUACUGUACCUAGAAUAAAGACCGAUCUAUUUCAAGAUGAUCUCUUCCCACCUACUAGAGUGACAUGGAAUCCAACAAUGUCCAGUUCAGAAUGGUUUAGCGGCAAAGAAAAACCUCCGCAGAAGAUUAGUUUGCAACCCGAAGGGAUGGAAUUAUUAUCAGAAUCCCAAGGACAACCGAAUAGUGCGACUGAGAGGACAAUAAACAAAUCUGCCUCUAGUCCUUUCAUUGGAAUCAAUCACGGAAGAGUUGGAUGGGAUGUCGAUGCCAGUGAUGUGAAGAAUAAACAAGAUGAAAUCAAGAGAUCAGUCAGCAAUAAACUUCAAGUCAACAAGACGCUAGAACAAGACGCCAUGGAAGGCGUCGACGAAAAGGAAUGGCUGGAAUAAAUCCACAUAACUUAGGUAAAAAUUAGGUACAUUAUUCAUAACCGAAUAACAAAAAAAUAUACAGGACGCUUUUUUUGUAUUUAACAAAUUUAUUUUUUAUAUGUUUGUACUCAAAAGAUGGAUCUAGUUUUUAUGGUGUUGCAUGGAGUCGUAAAGAGGGAUGGAGUCGUCACUUUUUGGAUAUAAUCUUUAUGCUGAAUGUUAAAACUAGGAUAUAGGACUAGAAAUUUGUUAGUAUGUAUACUAUACGGGUACGGUACCAAAAAAUAAAAUUUCCUCAGAUCUGGGGAAAACUGUGCAUUUCACAACAUCUGGCAUCAGCGGCUUCCAUAAGAGCCAAUGUGUUAACGUUUGAGGUUCAAUCUGGUUGUUUUUGACACUUGUUUGUGGUGGAGAUCGUGGUUCUCGUCGGAUCGUGACGUAAGGGGUUUCGAUGGAAAGUAUGCAACUCACAAUACCAUUUGUAGUUGGUAAUUUUCAUAAAAAUGAUACGCAUAUUCAGAAUAUUAGUGCUGUAUAGUAAUGCACGUUAAGUGGAGAUCCAUGUAUAGUAGUACUCUAUCAGAAAAGACUUGUAUAGUGGAUGUUUGUACAUACUUUCCAUCGAAACCUCUUACGUCACGAUCCGACGAGCCGCGACUCCACUACAAAAAGGCGUCAAAAACAACCAGAUUGAACCUUAAACGUUUUCAAAAAAUUCCAUAGAAUCUGGGGAAAAUUGAUUUUCUAUCUCACUCUUAACACAUUGGCUCUUAUGGAGGGCGCUGAUGCCGGAUGUUUUGAAAUGCACAGUUUUUCCCCAGAUCUGAGAAAAUUUUAUUUUUUUGGUCCCGUACCCGUAUAGUGAACAUACUUUUGUUCUAAUCAGGAUUUUAAUAGCGUCUCGUAAAAUCAAUGUUGCAAUUUUAAAUUAAACCCUUGAUAAGACAGUAGCUCCAUCUAUGAGGCUUUAUGCAAAGCUCCAAAGACAGUAUCCCCAGUGUUAGAACGAAACUGCUUCAUAAUUUGUAGAUAGGUACGAUUUUUAAUGGUUAAGAUACUGAGCUUUUGUUAUGCUUAUUUUUGGUGAAAGGACGGAAUAGUAGAUGAUAAUGUCGUACUUUUCGUGAAGCUUGCUUGAAGUUUAAAAAAAGUAUCCAAGAUAUGGGUAUCGGAAAGAAGACGAAACGUGUUUCUGAAAGAAACGUAAUAUUUUGUUUAUUGGUUUAUUAUGAGUUUGAAAAUGUUUAUACUUGUUUUGGAAUUGAUUGGUCUAGGUUAGUUUUUAUGGGAAUUUUUUGAGGUGAUGUUAAUGAAUGGUACUAAAUGGGCAGGAAAAGUUAUCAUUUACGAGGGGUGAUCAAAUAGUUUCAAGACUAAUGAUUAUUAAACACUUUAUUUAAAAAUAUUGUAAAUCAUUUAACAGGCUCAUCUUCAAGGUACUCCCUUUGGAACAUGUGACACUUCCUCAAGUAGUGUUUCCACUUCUGGAAGCAUCCUGAAAAUUGUUCUUGUGAAAUACUCUUUAGCUCAUGCAGCGAUUUUUCUCCAGGUUUCAGUCAUGUCAAACGUGGGCCCUUUCAAAAAUUUCUUGAAUUUAAAAACAAGACAAGUCCGCACGGGUUAGGUCUGGCAAGUAGGGAGGCUAAGUGAUGACAGUGUUGCCGUCUUUUAUGCGUUUUUCAAAGCAGAAUUAACUAUUACUUUGUUAAAAAUGAUUCAUUGUUUCACCUCGUUGGAAAUAUUCGUAGUACAACCACAUACUUACAGUUAUAAACAAACAAUAAGCAUGACUAUGUUUUCCGUGCUCUUUUCCAUUGAGAUGAUUUAUUCUUUGUCUCCACAUCGUAAACAUAAACCCAUGCAAAUAGUCUGGUUCACAUUGAUAAUGCAUUUCAAACAUUUUCAUCACCAUUUGCCAUUUCAAGAACUCAACAAGUUUCCUGUUUCUGGUGUUGUUUUUGUUUCCUAAUGGGAACAGUCUCAGAACAAAUCUUGUAGCCACGAAUGUUUAGACGGCCAUUUGAUCAGACUUCACUCUUUAAGCAUGCCCUUCAUCAAUCAAAGUUGACGGCCGUCCUGAACUUGAUUGCUGACAGUCUCAGGUCUUCUCUAAACCACCAGCUUGCCUUGAGUAACUUCUCCCUGUUGAAUAAGCUGUCACAAAAAUCAAAAAGUUUUGGAACUUGAUGAUCACUCCUCGUAUACCGUUUAAAAAAUGUAUGGGUAUAAUGAUAAUGUAUGUAUUGUCAAUUGAAAUAGCAAAAUAGAUUAAAGCUGGCGGUGCCUUAUCUCGAAAGCUACGGUACUUAUCGGAAAUAAAUCCAGAUCUUACAAGCCAUCCUAAGACGGAGACGAAAAUACGUUCUUUCGCAGACCUCGUCAUGAUUGGUCUUUUAGACCAAGAGGCAGCGCUGAAAAAUCUCUUUGAAUUUACUAAUGCUAGAUUUUUCACAGUUGAUUACUGUGAGUGUGUAGAGAAACAUACUACGGUCGGUCA